GUCAUCUUUAGGUAUUUUUUUCAGAUAAAUAUUUUGUUUGAUUAGGCAAUGUUUUGGUUUAAAUAGCUUAAAUGUUUAACAGUUAAUUAUUUUUGAAUAUACUUUGUCUUCUAUGAUUGAAUUGAUUAAUCAUGUCAACUAAUGAACAGACUGUAAGAAGUUAUGGCGAUGCUGGGAGUACUUUUAAUGAUGAUGAAAAGGUUGAACAAUUCACUACAAAAGAUAUCGAUAUUGACAGAAAACUUACAUUGGAAGAAGAUCCUGUAAAUAAAAUAGAGGUACAGGUUAGAGGUCCUGAUGAAAAUGUUGAUGGCACCCAACAGCAGGAACGAAACAACAUUCAGUACCUAAAUUAUCAAUCCGAGUUACAGAUGCCGCAUAUAAUGCAGUUGAUUCAAAAAGAUUUGUCUGAACCUUAUUCAAUCUACACAUACCGUUACUUUAUUCACAAUUGGCCGCAAUUAUGUUUUCUGGCUGUUCUUAAAGAUAAAGUUGUUGGUGCAAUUGUUUGCAAACUGGAUCUUCAUAAAAAAUCAGUUCGACGUGGUUAUAUUGCUAUGUUAGCAGUAGACGAAAAUUAUAGAAACAGAAGAAUCGGAUCUGGAUUGGUUUCAUUGGCUAUUGAAGCAAUGUCGUUAGAUGAAGCAGAUGAAGUAGUUCUGGAAACAGAAAUAACUAACAAGCCGGCUCUUAAUCUUUAUGAAAAUUUAGGAUUUGUACGUGAUAAGAGGCUAUUCAGAUAUUAUUUGAAUGGAGUUGAUGCCCUUAGAUUAAAACUAUGGUUGAAAUAGAUCAAAUAAACAGUGAUGAUUCUCUACUAUUAAGAAACUAUUUUCACAAGUUGAAUUAUUUUUACGCAUUCGUUGCCGAGAGAAAUCACUGGAAUGAUAUUUUAUGAUGGAGGACCUACUGUUAAAUGUGAUAACACAACCAACUGUUAAUUCGUCAGUGAAUAAGAUUUACAUCAACAGCUUUACUAGCACCAAUCUUCUAUUAGCUUGUCCCUCAGUGAUGAUGAACACAAAGGCUGAAAAGAGAACUGUUUGCUGGUUAAAUUGGCUAGUCAAAGAAGGAAGUCUUUUUGGGCAAUUAUCUGGUUAUAGAUCAUCUUUUGGAUAAGUGUUACUUCUCAUCACUAUUCAUUUUCAUGGCACUCAGAUAAUAGCUUUUUCCGAAUCAGUCAACAUCAGAUAAUAUCCUUCCAAAUAAAAUCGUCCAAAGAAUAAUUUUAAACAAUCAUAAUCCUAAAUGGUGAUAAAUUUUGUUGAAAAUAUUCUUAUAAAAAGUCACAUUGUAAUUAUGAAAAGAUUUUAAUUUGUCAAUGUCGAUUUGAUGUUUUGUAGACCAAACUGAAACUUAACAUGCAUUUACACACAA